AUGUCUUUGAAUGGGCUCGAUACUGCCCCCGUCCUUGAAGCAUACCAAAGUGCCUUGGCCGAUGCGGGCGGGUGGUUUCUACUACAUUACAUCGCAAGAGAUGAGGUUGCCCUUCAUGAACGAGGCACCGGCGGGGUGCCCGAGAUCCGGAAUGCCAUUGAGGGCUACGAGGAAUGCUCGCCCCUCUAUGGCUUCCUUCAAUACCGGCGCAGAAAAGUGAUCAUCCGUUACAUGCCGGAGGGGUUAUCCCGGCUCAUACUAGCCCGAAGCAAUGUCCAAUUCCAGUCUGUCACCGACAAGUUCACCCCAAACGACACCGUACUGCCUCUAUCCAAAGCCUCCGAUCUCACCGAAAGCGCCUUGUCCUCCGCCUGUCUCCUCCAUACCGCUUCGACCUCAAUUACCUCUUCUUCGAGUUCUCUUCGCCGCCGUCGGCUGAUGGAAAUCACCGAAGAUGCCGAGGAAAAUGGGGCAAAAGAUGAGGCUCCGAAACCAAUCCCACCUCCCCAGUCGGAGGCCCGACACAGACCAAGGAGCGUUAAGUCGGAAGCUACCCUCGUGCCGUCACCAAUUGAACCCCCCGGCCCCGUUGAACCAGAACUAUCCCCGAUUUCACCAGAACGCGAAAAGGCAUCAGUCGAUCUCAUGCCACCUCCAUCCCGGGCGAGCUCCAGAGCCACAAUCUCUCGAGGAAGUCCCAUCGAACCACAAUCAGCAACAAUGUCCCCCAAAUCCAUAAAAUCAGAUCGCUCGCGAUCUAGUUCCAGGUACCGAACAAUCUUGGAUGAAUUCCCACGUCCUUCGGAAGAGGCCCGGCUGUCCACCCAAUCCAGCCGCCCCUCACUCCGAGAUUUGGAACGGGCCGCGGGAUAUACCCCAAAGGUUAAGUUGGGACCCCGACCGUCCGUGGAUAGCAGUGGAAGACCCCGUACAUCAGGCAGUUCUCGGAAUGUAGACCAGCGCCCCGUUGCCUCCUUGCCGACAAAUAUGCGCACUUCUUCUUCGUGUCCCGCCAGUCCCACCUUUGCUGGUCCCACCCCCUCCAUUCCUAUUUCGAGACCUCAACUUUCCCCUGGCGCAAAAUCUCUUGGCGCGUUGUCGACCUCCUCAGGAUUAACCCCUGAGAAAGAACGUUUGAUGAAGGCUUUGCAGCAAAGGAAAAAGAAUAUGGCCAAGCGUGCGGAGGAAACGAAGAAGAAGCAAGUCUCGGAGGAAGGAGAGCUCAAACCAGUGAAGGAAAUUGCCAAGGAUAUGGAUGAGGAUAAAGAAAAUCUCAUACAGAUUCAAUAUCCUGAUUCUGAAAUGCUGCUGUCGGAGCCGGAGACAAUUCAACAAGAUCAACAGGAGCUUCCUUCGGCCAUGUCACCCGUGCCUCUUGAGGUCGCCCCUGAGCCUCUUGCUGAAUCUAUUCCUGAACCUGCCUUCGAACCUGUUCAUGACCCCACUCUUGAAAUUGCCCCUGCGCCUGUUCCUGACACCGUUUUUGAAUCCGCUCCUGGGCCUGUUGAGGCAGUUGCUGAGCGCAUUCCCGAACUUGCUCCUGGGCCUGUUAACCCAACGUCCGAGGCUGUCCUCGCGCCUGCAUUCGAGCCUGUUCAUGAUUCCAGUCUUGAACUUUCCCGCGAAUCCGUCCCUGACGCCAUUGUUGAAUCCGCUCCCGAGCCUGUAGAGGCAUUUGCUGAGCCCCUUUCUGAACUUACUCCUAAGCCCGUUGAGAAUUCCGAGGCUGUCCUCGAACCAGCCGAACCAGCCGCCGAACCAAUUGUUGAGUCUGCUAUGACGCCUGAACUAGAGCAGCCUUCGGAGCCUCUUGAGGCUGAAUCAGAACAGAUCGCUGAUCUGCCUCGUGCUAACGCCAAUGAUGGGUCCUUGCAUAUGGGCGUAGGUGCCGAAAGUCCUGUCACAGCCGAUUGCGCUGCCACCCCUUCAGAGACUGUCAAGGCAGAAACGCUGCAGACACCCCCUGAAGAUGAAACACGCACUGAGCAUGAGGGCUCCGCAAUCCCUGGUCUCGCCCCACCUACCUUUAAUCUUGGUGUUCCCCUCCAAACUGAGGCUUUAGUUGCAGAUGUGCCAACUGACGAGCCUUCUGAGGUGGUUAUCUCAUCAGAGGUCCUUGAGGCGGUUCCUCCUUCCUCCGCCUCCUCUAUUACUCCUCCAGAAAGCACUGGCACGGAAACCCCAACCGCCCCCGUUUUUGUCUCAAUCGAGGCGGAUGAGCCAACCCCUGAUCACCCAAUUUCCGAGAAAGCCGAGCCUCUUACCCUGGAUCAGAGGCGCAGGGUCCACCUGGAGCCUAUUCAAGUGCCCACCCUAGAGUUCUCGGACGACGACAACCUCCUUUCCGACGAUUCAUUCAUGGAGGAAUUGACCUCAGCUACUGUUCAGGAGGCCAGACCAGUAUCUGUGAAAUCUCCCAACGGCGUCGAUCACACCUGGAGGAAUUCACGCGCCGUCUCUAGCCCAUUCUCAAUGGGAUCGCCGUCGGGUAUGCAAGCUCUCACAGUGGGCCGGUCCAUUUCUAGCUCUCACUCUGAAAAUGGCCCGCCUACGCCGGUCCUCAUGGCCAAGAAGAUCAACGUCUCCUCUGGAAUUUCCAGUCGUAUCAAGGCUCUUGAAAAGUUCUCGAGCCGCGAAGGCACUCCCUUGGGUGCGAGUCCGGCGGUAGGUGGACCAUCAGCCUCCUCGUCUUUCGAGAACCUUCGCAAACGCGGAUCUAUCUCGUUGCCCGGUGGGAACCACGAAAGCACUCCACCGAGCACAAUGAAUUCUGCUCACGUCCCCGCCAACUUUACCCGUGCGCCGAGCUUGAGUCGACACAACCGUCAGGUCCCGUAUCGUGCGCGAUGCAGAUAUCUCCCCGGGUCUUCCGGACUUGAGCCCUCGGAGUCCGAUGUUGUCAAGCUUCAGGCUAGUCCUUUGACUGUGGAGCAUGAGACAGCCGAGGCGCCACUUCCUCCGGUAUCGUCCAUCGAGCCUGCCAGCCUUCCCCAGGACCGAAGCCCAUCAAUGUCAUCUACUACAUCUAGUCGCCAAGCGACGUCUCGUCCCGACAGCCGUCCCUCUCUCUCCUCGCGCUCCAGGACCGACGACAGCGUCCAAUCCGCCUCUUCCAUAUCCGAAGAUAAGAAGAUAUCUCGCACCUCGCGACUCAUGCGCCGUAUGUCAUCGAUCACAUCCAACUCUCGCCGCAGCAUUGUCGGAGCCCUUAGCUCUCCAGUCAAGGAAGAGGAGCAUGUUCCCGCCCUCACAAAUGGGUCUAGUAAGGCUCCAGGGUCUACUAGCUCGCGUACUUCAGAACCCAUUGACAUUGGCGAAGUAAACGUCCAGUUCCCAGAAACUCUUCUGUGGAAGCGUCGGGUCAUGCGCAUCGAUGAACAGGGAUACGUUGUUCUCACGCCUGGCACCAACGAUGCCACCACCCGCAACAUGACUAAACGUUACCAUCUCACUGAGUUCCGCACUCCUUGUCUUCCCGAUGAAGACAUGCAGGAAUUGCCCAACACCAUCUUGCUCGACUUCCUAGAUGGAAAUACGCUUCAGUGUGCUUGCGAAUCCAGACAGGGACAAGCUUCUGCUCUUCAGACUCUCACCGAGGCUCACAGUGCCCACCAGCAAUAA